AUGGAUCCAGCCCGAAUGCUGCAGCCACAUCGAGAUGCUCUCAUCCUAACAUUAGGGGUUGGAGACUUCGAUGUGAAAAGAAUCAUGGUCGACUCAGGUAGCUUCGCGGACCUGUUGCAGGUGGCGGUCAUCAAACAAAUGGGUUUCAUACCCUCCAGCCUGGAGAAUCCCAGAAGAACCCUGUCCGGAUUCAAUGGUUCUUCCACAACCUCACUUGGGGAUGUAACACUGCCAGUUCAAGCCGGGCCAGUCAUCCUAAACAUUCUAUUUUCUGUGAUUGAGGAUUUAUCCCCUUUCAAUGCCAUCUUGGGACGCACGUGGUUGCACGGAAUGAAAGUCGUUCCAUCCACAUACCAUCAAAUGGUCAGCUUCAUCACCCAAGAUGGGCAAAUUGAUCUUUACGGAAGCCAGCUCGCUGCCCGGCAAUGUUAUCAGAUCGCUCGCGAGGCCGAACCCAGCGCCGACCGCGAGGCCGAACCCAGCGCCGACCGCGAGGCCGAACCCAGCGCCGACCGCGAGCACUCCCCCAAAGAAGCAAAUGCUUCUGACCAAUAG